AUGUCGACUCCACCACCACGGCCGAUGGCCAUGGAUCCUCUCCAUAUUACCGAGUUCGCAUCGGACCGGUACUUUACAAAAUUCAACCAGCAGCAGCGGCAGCAGCAGCAGAACAAUGCCGCGUCCGGUAGCAGCACAUCGGAAUCAACGACCACCACUCCCGCCAAUCCCGACAACCCCAUCAAUACCAACGCCUGCGCCCGCAACUACGAAGUCGCUUAG